UAUCGCCAUGUUGAUUGAACUUGCAGUCGCUGCGAGGAGCGUGGGCGUCUACAUGAAUCUCAGCUGAUGUUUAGCGGGCUACCAGCCUUGCAAUCAAGUUUUAGUUUUAAUUUUGGAAUUAUUUCUUUCUGAGUGUAAUGUGCUGAUUAGUUUGGUGUAUGAGAAGCAAAUAAAACACUUAACAAACUUGCAUACAGACAGAAAUGCAUUAAUCGUCGGAACGCUGGGGGUCGGAUGUUGAAGUCCAGUUCAGUCCAAUACCUACACCUGCUCAGGAGGGAUUCAAGUAUUUUGGCGUGCUGUAAUACUUUACUGGAAAGAGCAACAAGUGUGAUGAAUUGAUACAUUGGAAACUUUUUUUGCAAUUCUGUUGUACAACCCAACUACAAACAUCCAGGAUGUCAAUCACAAAUACGCCGACCAGUAAUGAUGCCUGCCUCAGCAUCGUGCAUAGCUUGAUGUGCCAUCGGCAGGGUGGUGAAAGCGAGAGCUUCUCUAAACGAGCUAUUGAAAGUCUGGUAAAGAAACUGAAGGAAAAGAAGGACGAACUAGACUCUUUAAUCACUGCUAUAACCACCAAUGGAGCUCACCCUAGCAAGUGUGUGACGAUUCAGCGCACUCUAGAUGGUCGACUACAGGUUGCUGGACGCAAAGGUUUUCCCCACGUGAUCUACGCACGGUUAUGGAGAUGGCCUGACUUACACAAGAACGAGCUGAAGCAUGUGAAGUACUGCCAGUACGCCUUUGAUCUCAAGUGUGACAGUGUCUGCGUGAAUCCAUAUCACUAUGAAAGAGUGGUCUCUCCAGGCAUUGAUCUGUCAGGAUUGACACUAACCAGCUCGGGACCCAGUUCUGGUUUAAUGGUGAAAGACGAGUACGAGUACGAUGGCCCGUCUUCUCUGCCCAGCAUCGAGGGGGGGCACUCGUUACAAACCAUUCAGCACCCCCCCUCCACCCGCGCAGGCCCCUCAGAACCCUUCAGCAGCCCUGCCCUCCUGCCUCCCUCGGAUGCUGGCAACUCGGCCUCCACCUCCGCCUUCCCGGGUAUCGCGGUCGGAUCAACCCAGUCCAGUAGCCUGUUGCCAGGCUGCCGCGGGGAGGGGCUGCUGCAGACGGCCGCUGCCCGGACGGGACGGGGAUCCCAGCAGAACGGGUUCUCCCCCUCCACGCCGGCCACUUUCCACCACAAUGCUACCUCCACCUGGGCAAGAACCAGCAGCUUUACCCCCAACAUGCCUCACCAUCAGAACGGACACCUACAGCAUCACCCUCCAAUGCCCCAUCCAGGACACUACUGGCCAGAACACAGUGAGCUUGCGUUCCAGCCUCCAAUUUCAAACCACCCUGCACCAGAUUACUGGUGCUCUAUUGCCUAUUUCGAGAUGGAUGUGCAGGUGGGGGAGACGUUCAAGGUGCCUUCCAGCUGCCCCAUUGUGACGGUAGAUGGUUAUGUGGAUCCCUCCGGGGGCGAUCGCUUCUGCCUGGGCCAGCUGAGCAAUGUGCACCGCACAGAGGCAAUUGAAAGAGCCAGAUUACACAUUGGAAAAGGUGUCCAGCUGGAGUGCAAAGGGGAGGGGGACCUGUGGGUUCGUUGUCUGAGCGACCAUGCAGUGUUUGUCCAGAGCUACUACCUGGACCGCGAGGCCGGCCGGGCUCCAGGUGACGCCGUGCACAAGAUCUAUCCCAGUGCCUACAUAAAGGUGUUUGACCUGCGUCAGUGUCACAGGCAGAUGCAGCAGCAGGCAGCCACAGCUCAGGCGGCAGCCGCGGCCCAGGCAGCAGCGGUGGCAGGAAACAUCCCCGGGCCGGGAUCAGUGGGAGGAAUCGCCCCCGCAAUUAGUCUGUCUGCAGCAGCAGGCAUUGGCGUGGACGACCUGCGGCGCCUGUGCAUCCUGCGCAUGAGCUUCGUGAAGGGUUGGGGUCCUGACUACCCCCGCCAGAGCAUUAAGGAGACGCCUUGCUGGAUCGAGAUCCACCUGCACCGCGCCCUGCAGCUGCUGGACGAGGUGCUCCACACUAUGCCGAUUGCCGACCCCCAGCCCCUUGACUGACCCGCCUCAACAAAGAAACAAAGAAACAAACCAACACACAAACAAACUAGUGGAGAGCGACCCAAGACUCUCUCACCUUCCUCGUCUUCACUGUGAUGCCUCCUGGCAAAGGUGGAACCCCAGGCGGAUACCCAACCCCCCCCCCCCCCCCCUAACAGGAGACACGUUUUCUGUGUGAGAUUUGGAGUUCUGUCAACAGGAAUGCAAAGAUCACUUUUUAAUCUUCACAGGCAGUUUUUCUUCUUCUUCUGUGUUCUCAUAUCCUUUACCUCACAGCUUCUCCCUAAAGAGAGUCUAUGAGACUACAAGAGAGAGAAAGAGGGGGGGGGGGGGGCCCUACUUUUUUUCUUUUUUUUUUCUCUACCCCUGUCCUUCUCAGUAGGUCAGGUUUCUUGGCUGUUACCCUGGGAUUGGAGCUACAUGCGUGGCAGAAGAACAUUUGGUGAGAGAGGAAUGUUGUCAUGUCUGCUCAUCCAAAAUCAUCUCCUCCACUGAUAAUGCAGGUGAUUUGGUUGCACAGAAAGAUGGGGCAAGUUAUAUUUAUAUAAAUGUGUGUGGGUGCUUGACUUUUUCCAUCUUUUCUUGUGCAUAUUUUACAAAGUAAUUGUGAUACCGUAUUUUACCACUUUUUGAUAUAUAAUAAUGUUCAUUCCAUAUCCCUACAGAGAAAAGCGCUAUGGAAUUGAAUGAUAAUCGUGUCAGUCGCAUAGGCCUACAAGUUAAGCUCCAGUACCGUUUUGUCCCCAUUUAGGUGGCAUAGUACAUCAAGAUAAACUGAAUUUGACAUUUUGCACUAAGCUAUAUGUUUUUUUUUUUUUUUUUCAAGUAGCGAAACACACUCAUUGUAGUUAAUUUAUGUCUUUCUUAAUGCAUGUGAAAUUUUGCAUGCAAGUGGCAAAAACAAUUAUUAUUGGUUCUUGUCCUAGAAUGUCCUUCUGACUACAGUGGCAAGCCAUGAACAGAAAAUGAACUAUUUGGAUUGCUCUCCAAACCAUUGGUGUGAAUCUUGACUUCGGUAAGAACUGCUUAAUUGUUACUGGCUUCCUGUAGCCCCUGAGAUCCUUGGAAGUAUCAGCCUCCAUUCACAGAGGCCGUUGUAAUUCCCACCAGGUGAACAGCCAUCUUCACUCUGUCUGCAUACUAACGGUGUACGUCAGCAUCUCUCCAUUUUGUGUCGUUUUCUUUUUUGCUUCCUUGUCCUUACGGCUACUUAUCUCUAGAUUGCCCUCCAAAAUAAAUGUCUUUCAUAAAGUGUUCUAGAGCCAUACUACAAAGCUGUAAUUUUACCAUUUAGGCUUCUUUUUCUAAAAGGCCUUUAACAAUGGUUACUACUUGGUGAAUUCUUGCAGUUUUUAUAAUUUCUGACUAAAAAAAAAGAGCAGGUAUAAAAUGGAUGAGAGUUAUAUGAAGUUGCUUGAAGAAUGUUUGACAACAGGAAUGCAUAGUGGCAAGAGGCAUACCAGUGUGAUUUCUUGCGAGUUUUACUUACACUUCUGGAUUUAUCAAUAUUUAGCAGAUUUAGUUGGAUUGUAUAUUGUAUAAUAUAAUUAGCAAUAUUAAAUCUGUUUAAAUGAACCUGUAUGAAACAUAAUUUAUGUCAAUUGAUAGUAUGGUAUUUUUGCAUUAUGUGAAUUGCUCAAGACAGAAUUUUUCUUUUUUUUAAAGUCCUGCCAUAGACACUGAACAGUUAGAGGGCAAUAAACAAUUAUUUCUUA